AUUAUUUAGUUUCGCCACGAACAAUCUAGCCUCUGAGUCUAGGGGAGGCUGAGCCUGAGCAGCCUCUAGGUAGACCUGACCACUUUUUAGCUAAAUUGUUUCUUUCAGCAAAAGUUUGGAGUGGUGGCGCACCUGCAAAUCCAAGUGACGUUCUUCUUGGAAGCCUGGGCUAGGAAAGCUUUUCCUUCGAAAGUUUGAAUCGUUGCGCCUUGGACUGUGCUUUGAAUUUCACCAUGUACGGGUCAUUCGGUCAGAAAGGGCCUCAGUCGGGAUACUCAGACGUGCAACGAAGUACGGGUGCCGGGAAGGGCUUCGCAUGGGGCCGCACAAGGGGUUACGAUGAGGAAGCGGGAACCUCUCUCUAUCCGGGGUUGGAAGGAGCAGAUGCAGAGAUGCGCUGGGGCUUCAUUAGAAAGGUGUACGGCAUCCUGACGUUCCAGAUACUGUUAACGCUAGUUACUGUGGGCACAGUAGUGGCCGUCCCUACGCUGCGAGACUUCAUCGUCAACACUCCUGGCCUCUACCUCGUUCUCGCAAUCAGCCCCAUCAUUCUGAUCUUUCCCCUGGCCUGCUAUAGUCAAAGCCACCCACUGAAUUUAGUCCUCUUGGCGGUCUACACGAUCGCUCUCAGCCUUUCGGUUGGGGUCAUAGCAUCAUUCACGGCUGCCCCCAUCGUGUUCGAGGCCCUCCUGCUGACAUUCAUAGUGGUCGCGUCGCUUACGGCGUACACUUUCUACGCCGUCCGACAAGGCGCCGACUUCUCGUAUCUGGGGCCGAUUCUGUGGGUGUCGGUGCUCGUUCUCAUCGGAUGGGGCUUCCUCCAAAUCUUCUUCCCGAUGGGCCACGUGUCGCGGACGAUUUACGCCGCCCUGGGGGCGCUCGUCUUUAGCGUCUACAUCGUCUAUGACACGGAGAAUCUGAUUAAGCGGCAUUCGUACGACGAGUACAUCUGGGCGUCCGUUAUGCUGUACAUAGACGUACUCAACCUGUUCAUCAACCUGCUCUCGCUUCUGCGAGAAACGCAAGACAACUAGUAUGGUCGCGGUUUUCAUUUUUGGCUCGUAGGGAGCUUUGUACAUCAACCUUAUCACUUGUAGCGUACUGGGCAGCCGUUCUUGGACUCACUCGUACAAUGAGAAUAUUAUAUGAAUCGGUCGAACCUAACAACAUUGCUCUACUAAUCUUGCAUAAGCCGACUGAGCGUUCCCUUGUGAUGGCUCUUGAGAAGAGUUUGAAGAGUACUGAACCCUCGAAAGAAGGACCAAAAUUUGACGGCGGCCUGUCUCUCAUAUGUCAAGGUGUUCUUGACGAUACUGAAUGCGCAACCAAGCUAGUGGUCCUCGUGGUCCGAAA